ACUUUAGAGUUAAUUUUAAUCAUCUUCAAUGGAGCCGAUGGAGAUGUUUUCAGCUAACUGCAAUGGCGGGAACGGUUUCUGCACAGCUGCUGAGUCCGAUCCCUUGAACUGGGCCGCGUCGGCUCAGUCGAUGAGAGGCAGCCAUCUCGAUGAAGUGAAGCGGAUGGUGGAGGAGUACAAGAAGCCGGUGGUCCGUCUCGGUGGCGAGACGCUAACGAUAGCUCAGGUAACGGCCAUUGCCAACCGAAACGCCGCCGUCCAGGUGGAGCUUUCCGAGGCGGCGCGGCCCGCCGUAAAGGCGAGUAGUGAUUGGGUGAUGGAAGGAAUGAAUAAAGGCAUGGACAGUUAUGGAGUCACCACCGGCUUUGGCGCAACCUCUCAUCGGAGAACCAAACAAGGCGCUGCUCUCCAAAAGGAGCUUAUAAGGUUCUUGAAUGCCGGAGUUUUCGGUCAAGGGACCGAGUCAUGCCACACUUUGCCCCAUGGCGCGACCAGGGCCGCCAUGCUUGUCCGGAUCAACACACUGCUGCAAGGCUAUUCCGGCAUUCGAUUCGAGAUCCUUGAAGCCAUCACUAAGCUCCUUAACGUCAACAUAACACCGUGUGUGCCACUCAGGGGCUCAAUUUCCGCGUCCGGUGACCUCGUCCCACUUUCUUACAUCGCCGGCCUUUUAACCGGCAGGCCCAACGCUAGAGCAUUGGGACCUAAUGGUGAGACAUUGAGCCCCACUGAGGCCUUUAACAAAGCUGGGAUCGAUGGUGGAUUCUUCGAGUUGCAACCGAAAGAGGGUCUGGCUAUGGUUAACGGAACCGCGGUCGGGUCCGGGUUAGCUUCCUUGGUCCUUUACGAGGCAAAUGUGUUAGCUGUUCUGUCUGAAGUUUUGUCAGCCGUUUUUGCUGAAGUUAUGCAAGGGAAACCUGAGUUUACAGAUCACUUGACUCAUAAAUUGAAGCAUCAUCCUGGACAAAUUGAAGCAGCUGCAAUUAUGGAACAUAUUUUGGAUGGCAGCUCUUACAUUAAAGCAGCACAAAAGUUGCAUGAAAUGGACCCUCUCCAGAAGCCGAAACAAGACCGAUACGCUCUUCGAACGUCGCCUCAAUGGCUUGGUCCUCAGAUCGAAACAAUAAGGUUUGCGACCAAAAUGAUUGAACGAGAGAUCAAUUCGGUCAACGACAAUCCCUUGAUUGACGUCUCGAGAGAUAAGGCCUUACAUGGAGGGAACUUCCAGGGUACCCCGAUCGGUGUAUCGAUGGACAACACUCGUUUAGCCAUUGCUGCGAUCGGCAAACUCUUGUUUGCUCAAUUCUCUGAGCUAGUUAAUGAUUACUACAACAACGGGUUGCCUUCGAACUUGUCAGGAGGCCGAAACCCGAGCCUGGACUAUGGUUUCAAGGGAGCUGAAAUCGCGAUGGCUUCGUACUGUUCUGAGCUUCAGUUCCUCGGUAACCCCGUUACCAACCAUGUGCAGAGCGCCGAGCAACAUAACCAAGAUGUGAACUCUUUAGGCUUAAUCUCAGCAAGAAAGACAGCCGAAGCUAUCGACAUAUUGAAGCUCAUGUCGUCGACUUUCUUGGUCGCCCUCUGCCAAGCCAUUGACCUGAGGCAUUUGGAAGAGAAUUUGAAGUACACCGUGAAGAACACAAUUAGCCAAGUGGCUAAAAGAGUCCUAACAAUGGGAUCCAACGGCGAACUUCACCCAUCAAGAUUCUGCGAAAAGGACCUUCUACGAGUUGUCGAUCGCGAACAUCUCUACGCAUACAUCGACGAUCCCUGCAGUCCAAAUUACCCUUUAAUUCAAAAGCUGAGACAAGUACUAGUAGACCAUGCGCUGAUGAAUGGCGAGAAAGAACACGACUCGACCACUUCGAUCUUCCAAAAGAUCAGUGCAUUCGAAGAAGAGCUGAAAACACAUCUGCCUAAAGAAGUCGAGAACGCUAGGACCGAAUUCGAGAACGGGAACCCGGCCAUCCAGAACAAGAUCGAGGAAUGCAGGUCAUACCCGUUGUACAAGUUUGUGAGGGGAGUUCUGGGGACUGAUUUGUUGACCGGGGAGAAGGCGAUUUCACCGGGAGAAGAAUGUGACAAGGUUUUCUCAGCAAUGUGCGAGGGGAAGUUGAUUGAACCAUUGCUGGAUUGCUUGAAAGACUGGAACGGUGCUCCUUUGCCUAUUCGCUAAGGAGAAAAAAAAAAGUAUGUUUUU